AUGCGAUUUUUCAAGCUUUAUAACCUCCGCACACAAGAACUUAUCUCUGAAUUGCCGUUAACCACAGAUACUAUCCACCUGAAUCCUGUAAACACCCCUCUCCUUAACCCCUUCAGUUUCACUGGUUUCUCGGAAUACGAUACCCAAUCCAUUCGAACCGACUAUGAAGAUCCAUCAACAGUUCCCACAAACGAGCCAGUUCGAGCUUUUGGAGGAUACAACCAGCCCAGUGCUAUCCUCUUUGACUUUGAUCCAAGGUUUGAGAAUUCGAGAAUCCUCUUGGCGAAUGUGCAUUUUGUUGACAGGCAACAGCAGAGGGCGUCACCGCUGUACCAACGGCGGUUCUCACAAGGCGAAGGUUUCUUUGAAGCCCAGGCGCCUUGUCUGUCUCUCGUUCGACUUCCCACUUGGCAAAGGAUUGCGAAAACAAAAAAUUUCGGUGGAUUACCUGAUUCCCUGCUUCAAGAACAGCGAACAGAUCGACGACAGACUAAUGGAAUAAGCAUUCUUAAGGUGUUCUACUCCCGAGCUGGUCAUCUUAUCUUUGCCGUAGUCACCACAACUUCAAACUGUAAAUGUGGUUCUGUGGCACAAGCUUUUUUCCUUAAUGAGAGCUCGUUAAGCUCGAACAAUAGUCCAGAUCUCUCACAGCAGCAUAACUGGACGGCUGGCGACAAUAAUAAUAAUCCAGUAGAUAUCAGUAAUCAAAAUACUCCGCCACUACCCGGGUUUACUCCGAUGUAUCUAAUUGUCUUUCAUGGUGACACGCUGGAUACUCUCCGAGUUAUUCGUUUUGACCGACCUCUAUGCCCACUCCAUUCCUGUCCGACAAACUACUUACCAGUUAUGAGUAGAUGCGGUGCUCGAUUAGCGCUGAUUGCAUUUGCUACCGUUGGCAAUGGAAGCAGUGGAAUGAAAAGGGCAUAUAGAGGUAAUAAACGAUGUGUCGGUGACGUUGAUGCCAUAGCCGGGACACCAAGAAGAAGGAAAAUAAAUACCCUAAACGUUUAUGUAUCACCUGCAAUGUCUUCUAGUCUCUCUCAAAGUCGACCUGGAAGCAAUCAUUUGUCUUCAAAUUGGUUGGAGAGUGAAGUGGAUAUGAAUGCUUCGGCUGAAGACAAUUUGAACAUCUCAAGCAGAUCUGCUCUAUGUGAGCUUGGAAGUUACAGUCCUGGUGUACGAAAGCUUCAAGAAGUUGUCUUUGUUUAUCAAUUGGAGCCACCUCCUUCCCUUCAGGCUAUAGUUCGACAAAAGAUAAGGCAGUACUAUUCCGAUGCAAUUUUGGACCAAUUAGGUUUGCCCCCGGGACUGCUUGCUUACCUACGAUUUAAACCAUCAUUUAGCUGUUCUGGUUCUUGUCUAUCCCGUUCAGAGAGUGUUUCGACAACGUCCGCUUUGCUGACUCCUCUUCGCAACAAUUCACUAGAAUUAUAA